UUUUCAGUUGUUUUCUUUUUCUUUUGCUUGGGCGGUAGGACAGAACACACAAACGCGCCCUCCCCUUCUACUCUGGCACACGCUGUCCCCCUCUCCCAAAAACAUUACAAAUUUCAAAACUUCACUAGGGUUUUCAUAUCAACGAUCUCUCCGGAAUUCCUGCGUUGUAUUCUCACAGCGAUCUCAAUCGAAGCUUACACAAAUCUCCAUGGCGGAAGAAGCCGUCCCUUCUUCUACAUCGACGUCCAAUUUGAAUGCGGCGCCGCUGGGGCACUCGGUCAUUCCUAUUGUGAACAAGCUGCAAGACAUCUUCGCGCAGCUCGGUAGCCAGUCCACGAUCGAGCUCCCUCAGGUGGCUGUCGUUGGAAGCCAAAGCAGUGGUAAGUCCAGCGUCCUCGAAGCCCUCGUCGGUCGCGACUUCUUGCCCCGAGGCUCCGACAUCUGUACUCGCCGUCCCCUCGUGCUUCAGUUGCUCCAGACCAAGCGGAAGCCCGACAGCACCGAUGAGGAGUGGGGAGAGUUCCUCCACCUUCCUGGAAAGAAGUUUUUCGAUUUCAAUGAUAUUCGGAAAGAAAUUCAGGCUGAGACAGACAGAGAAGCUGGAGGGAACAAAGGUGUUUCGGACAAACAGAUUCGGUUGAAAAUAUUCUCUCCAAAUGUUCUAGAUAUUACUCUAGUUGAUUUGCCUGGCAUAACAAAGGUCCCUGUUGGUGAUCAGCCUUCUGAUAUUGAAGCCCGUAUUAGGACAAUGAUAAUGUCAUAUAUUAAACUCCCAAGUUGUCUAAUACUUGCUGUUACACCGGCCAAUGCUGACUUAGCCAAUUCAGAUGCCCUCCAGAUUGCCGGAAAUGCCGACCCUGAUGGUUAUCGAACCAUUGGUAUAAUCACAAAGUUGGACAUUAUGGACCGGGGCACUGAUGCUCGCAAUUUUUUGCUUGGGAAAGUGAUUCCACUUCGACUUGGUUAUAUUGGGGUUGUAAAUCGUAGCCAGGAGGAUAUUCUGAUGAAUCGGAGCAUUAAGGAUGCACUCAUUGCUGAGGAAAAGUUCUUCCGCAGUCGUCCUGUUUAUAGUGAUCUUGCUGAUCGUUGUGGUGUUCCUCAGUUGGCCAAAAAGUUGAACCAGAUUCUGGUGCAACACAUCAAAACUGUUCUUCCAGGCUUGAAGUCACGCAUUAGUGCUGCACUUGUUUCUGUUGCAAAGGAGCAUGCUAGCUUUGGGGAGAUUACUGAGUCAAAGGCUGGUCAAGGAGCACUGCUUUUGAACAUUCUUUCGAAGUAUUCUGAAGCUUUCUCUUCAAUGAUAGAAGGGAAAAAUGAAGAGAUGUCAACAUCUGAGCUGUCUGGUGGUGCAAGGAUUCAUUACAUUUUUCAGAACAUAUAUGUGAAGAGUCUUGAGGAUGUGGAUCCUUGUGAAGAUUUAACUGAUGAAGAUAUUCGAACUGCCAUACAAAAUGCAACUGGUCCUAAAUCUGCAUUGUUUGUACCUGAAGUACCAUUUGAAGUUCUUGUUCGAAGGCAAAUAGCACGAUUAUUGGAUCCUAGUCUUCAAUGUGCAAGGUUUAUUUAUGAUGAGUUAAUAAAGAUGAGCCACCGUUGUAUGGCGAAUGAAUUGCAACGAUUUCCGGUUUUAAGAAAGCGAAUGGAUGAGGUCAUAGGAAACUUUUUACGAGAAGGCCUGCAGCCAUCAGAAACUAUGAUUGGACACAUUAUUGAAAUGGAGAUGGAUUACAUUAACACUUCCCAUCACAAUUUUAUUGGUGGGAGCAAAGCUGUGGAGAUGGCACUGCAGCAGGUUAAGUCCUCCAGGAUUGCUGCCCCCGUUUCAAGGCAAAAAUAUGGUUUGCAUAUUGCUUAUCAGGAUGGAGUGGAUGCAGAUAAAGCACCAGCAUCAGAAAAAAGUUUCAAGCCUCGUGCAAUUCUUGCUAGACCUGUAAAUGGAAUUGUUCCAGAGCAGGGUGUUCGGUCUGCUCAAGAAGUUGAAAAGCCCACAUCUGGAGCUACUGUUGGUUCAAGUUGGGGAAUAUCAUCAAUAUUUGGUGGGUCUGAUCAUCGUACAUCUGUUAAAGAAAACUCAACUAGCAAGCCUUUCAGUGAUCCUGUCCAGAGCAUGGAACAUUCUAUUUCUAUGAUUCAUUUGAGAGAGCCACCAAGUGUCUUGAGGCCCACAGAAACCCACACAGAUCAGGAGACCAUCGAAAUAACUGUCACAAAACUGUUGCUGAGAUCAUAUUAUGACAUUGUUAGAAAGAAUAUUGAAGAUUCUGUACCUAAAGCAAUCAUGCACUUCCUGGUAAAUCACACCAAACGAGAACUGCACAACGUAUUUAUCAAAAAGCUUUACAGAGAUAACCUCUUUGAAGAGAUGCUGCAAGAACCUGAUGAGGUAGCUACAAAGAGAAAGCGCACUCGUGAUACACUCCGUGUACUUCAGCAAGCAUUCAAGACGUUGGAUGAAUUGCCACUUGAAGCUGAGUCAGUUGAAAGAGGCUAUAGUUUGAGUCCUGAUCCAACAGGAUUGCCAAAGAUCCAUGGGCUCCCCACAUCCUCUAUGUAUACUACUAGUAGUUCAGUGGAUUCAUACACUGCUUCCCCCAAGAACCCAAGAUCACGCAAAUCUUCACAUUCAGGGGAGCUUCAGUCACCCAUGUAUUAUGUUGGUGGAGAUUCUAAUGGCAAUGGACGCAAUUCUCUUCUGGGACUUUACCCAACAAUUGAUGCAUAAGAAUGCAGAAACGAACAACAUUGAUAAUUUGGAUUUAUUUUAUUUCCCUCUCCAACAUUAUUGCAGAGGCAUGCAGGAUCUAAAGCUCUGGAUCUGGUAUGAUAGGAGAGUUGCUAUUCUUUUAUGGAAAGAUGAUGCUUAGAUGUAUAAUAUUAUGCCUACGGCCUACACAUGUUAGAUAUUUUUUGGUCCCUAUAGCACAUCAUAUAUGCAUUAGUAUAGGCUCUGGAAUGAAUGAAUAAUUGGUAGCUGUGUGAACAGAAGCUGCAAUCAGUUUUGUUUUUAUUUUUUGUUAUGGGUUGUGGCCAACUGCUGCCUGGUAUUUGAAUGCUUACACGUUUAAGAAUUCCUAAA